AUGAAUCCUUUUCCAGCCUCCAUCCACUCGCGAGAACCUGAAGAACCUGAAACAUCUAUUGGUAUAGCGCGACAACAAUCCACCACGUCUUUCGCAGGAACAAAGCGGUCUCUCACUGGAAACAUCUUGUUUCCGCAGAUUCCGAGUAUAAAUCAGCAGUCAAUCCAAACAGUCAGGAAAAGCACGGCUUUAAAGUCUAACGGCUUUAUUCGUCCAACUUUAUCAUCCACAGCAAACACUACACGUAUCAUUGCAAGCCAAAUACGUGAUGUGCCGGAUGCAGUGGGGAUAUCCAGUGAUACCAUAUCUGAAUACUCGCAACGGCAAGCUGUUUCAUCAACCCCAGGACCAUCGCAGAAUCCUCUGCUCUCACUUUCACAUCAAUCCUAUGGGUUGCCCCCUCAGUUGGUUGCCAAUUUUGCCUCUCUAGGCGUGAACUGUAUCUAUCCAUGGCAAGCUUCCUGUCUUCUGGGUCGAGGCCAUCUCACUGCGGAAAAGAACCUCGUAUACAGUGCGCCAACUGGCGGUGGAAAAUCCCUGGUAGCAGAUGUGCUGAUGCUGAAACGUGUCAUUGAGGAUCCAGCCAAGAGAGCUAUCCUUGUUCUUCCCUAUGUUGCUCUCGUGCAGGAGAAGCUCAAGUGGCUUCGCCGAGUAGUUGAAGGUGUGGAUAAAAACGUUGACAUGCCGACCACUGCAGACGAGGCCUCCUCGGCACCCAAAUGGAAACAACCGCAGAAGUCCAUUCGGGUUACAGGAUUUUUUGGCGGAAGCAAAACUAGAGCUACAUGGACUGAUACUGACAUAGCCGUUUGUACUAUUGAAAAGGCUAAUUCGUUAGUGAAUGCUGCCAUUGAGGAAUGUAGCAUUAAUGACCUGGGCGUUGUUGUCUUGGAUGAGCUCCAUAUGCUUGAUGAUGAGCAUCGUGGUUAUCUGAUAGAGAUUAUGGUUACAAAAUUAUUGUUAUUACAGCAAGAUAUCCAAAUCGUUGGUAUGAGUGCCACAUUAUCGAAUACUGAGGUCCUCGCGAAAUGGCUGCAUGCGAAUUACUAUAUUUCCAAAUAUCGGCCUAUACCUAUUCAAGAGCAUCUGGUCUACAACAAUGCAAUAUAUCCCGCCACAAGCUCAAAGGAGUUCUUUAGAACAGCUAUGCAAUUAAAUAAACCUGACUCAUCGCCAAAUUAUUCCCUUGCGUGCAGAAUAAUUGACCGAUCGAUGCAUAAGGAGCUUGGGAACCCAACUGCCAAUGCCAUGGUAUCGUUGGCCCUAGAAACUGCUCUCUCCGGAUAUGGCGCUCUCGUGUUUUGUGGCAGUCGACAAGCAUGUCAGAGUAAUGCGGUGCUUGUUAGCCAUGCGAUGCCAGACGAAACAGCGUUGGACAAUGAUCUGUUGGAACGUCGGAUGGAUCUAAUCGCGGGGCUGCAAAGCCUGCCUUGUGGGCUUGACCCUGUAUUGCAAAUGACGGUCAUCAAAGGAGUGGCUUUUCACCAUGCCGGCUUAACGACGGAAGAACGCGAUUUAAUUGCGGAGGCAUACGAUAAAGGCACCCUUAGGGUGCUAAUCGCUACAUGUAGCCUAGCAGCUGGGAUCAACCUUCCUGCACGACGAGUUAUUCUUUGUGGGGCUCGAAUGGGCCGCGAUUUGGUUGGCCCAGCUAUGCUACGGCAGAUGCGAGGGCGAGCUGGUCGGAAGGGCAAGGAUGAGGUUGGGGAAACUUACCUCUGUUGCCAAAAAGACGACCUAGAGGCAGUGGCAGAAUUACUGGAGGCAGAAAUGCCUGCCAUCGCCAGUGGUUUAACCCCUGAAAAAAGGGGCAUUAAAAGGGCGCUUCUUGAGGCAAUUGCGACUAGACUUGUUUCUAGCCGGGAGUCCAUCAACGAAUAUGUAAUGUGUACCUUGCUCUACCAGAAUAUGGAAGCAGCUGAGCUAUUUUCCAUGGUGGACAAGACACUCGAGGACCUAGUCGACAACGGCCUCGUGGAUCUCGAGCAGGCCGAAUCUUACGAGCCGACGCGACUAGGGCAAGCUGUGGUAUCCUCCUCGCUCAGCCCUGAAGAUGGUAUUUUCAUUCACGACGAACUGAAGCGUGCCCUUAAAUCCUUCGUCAUGGACGGGGAGAUGCAUAUUUUCUAUAUGUUCGCGCCUCUUCAAAAUUCAAGUCCCACUGAUAUCGACUGGUCGAUUUUUCGGGACCAAAUGAACAACCUUGAUGAAAGUGGUAUUCGUGCAUUGCAGUUUGUAGGCGUAGAGCCUGCGUUCGUGAACAAAAUGGCACAGUCCGGAACUCGAAUAAAGGACGAGACGAUCGCACGCAUCUAUCAACGCGCAUAUACAGCCUUCCAGCUACGCGACCUCAGUAACGAAGUCCCCAUAUCAACAAUCGCGCAGAGAUAUAACAUCCCGCGAGGCAAUGUCCAAACCCUGGCACAAACAUGCCAUGGAUUUGCUGCAGGUAUUGUUAAAUUCUGCCAACGCAUGGGUUGGGACAUGCUGGCAGUCGUGCUAGACCACAUGCGUGACCGUCUGCAUGCCGGAGCUCGAGCUGACCUGCUGGAAAUGGCCCAGGUGGCAUAUGUCAAGAGCCGAACGGCAAGGUUAUUGUGGGAGAAUGGUUUCAAGUCCUUGAGGGCGCUGGCUGAGGCUGACCCAAAGGACCUGGUGCCUGUUUUGAUGAUGGCCCAGCCACGAAAUACGAACCUCCAAGGUUCGCAACGUGUUCCCGCGAAGCUUCUCGCAAAAGCAGAGAUCAUCGUUGCAUCCGCCAAUAAAAUAUGGGGUAAGUUGUCCGUCCGAGGGGAUUUUCUCCCCAAGUAUUUCCCCUCAAAUAAGCAUAGUCCUAAGUCAUGGGCUACAUACGGAGUACAUAACUCAACGUUCUAA